AUGGUGCCUGAGUCCAGCGUGAAGAUCAGGCUGUUCUUCAGCCACCAAAGAGCCGACAAGGAAUUAGAAACUCAAGGGACUGAGGAAACAGAGAAUGAGAGCUCAGCUGGGGGGACUGCCACCCUGGGGUCCCUGUCCCUGGAGUCUGGUUAUUCCCUCGCGGUGCCGCAGUCAGUGUCCGUGCAGGAGGGUCUCUGCGUUCUCGUCCCCUGCACCUUCAGGUACCCAGCCUCAUUCGACACCGACAAUUCCUUGGCCCGGCUCUACAGAUACUGGUACAAGGAUCAGGUUGAUGUUCACUGGGAUCGUCCUGUGGCCAGCAGUGACCCCAGCCGGGGGGUGUCGCAGGAGACCCAGGGCCGGUUCCAGCUGACGGGGGAUCUGACACACGGAAACUGCUCCCUGCAAAUCAGUGAUGCCCGACGGAUGGAUGCAGGGAGAUAUUUCCUUAGAGUGGAGAAAGGAGACUUUAAAUACAGUUACCGCUCCAAUUACUAUCGCACUCACCUUACACUAGAGAUCUCGGUGCCAGAGCUGACGGAGGAGCCAGAGAUCCAGAUCACGCCGGCGCGGGGGCCGCCAGGGACGCUGCUGGCUGGGGAGCCGGUGACUGUGACCUGCACGGCCCCUGGGCGCUGCGCCGGGCCCCCUCCACGAGUCACCUGGAUUGGGCCGUUCAGUGACACAGCCCGGGAUGUCUCAGCUUCACUGGCGAACAGCACCUGGACCUACAGCUCCGCGCUCAGCUUCACACCCACCCCGGGGGACCACGGCAAAGAGCUCAUCUGCAACGUCACCUACAGCUCAGCACAGGGACCUUCCACCAGCAGAAACAUCCGGCUCCAUCUUGGCUACCUGCCUGGGCCCCCCAACAUCACCGGGAUCCUGACCAGGAACGGAUGCCCUGUGCCAGAUCCGUGGGGAGCUGAGGGCGAUGUCGUGUCUCUGGAGACCCAGGAGGGCGACUCCCUGACCCUGAGCUGUGAGGCUGGGAGCAGAACCGAGUCCACCCUGAGCUGGGCCAAGGGGAAUGAGUCCCUGAGCCCCGGCCAGGGAGGGGCCGGGCGCCUGGAGCUGUCGAAUCUCAGCAAAGGAGAUGCUGGGGAGUAUCGGUGCUGGGCGAAGAAUUCCUACGGGUCGGCCAGCCGGGCCAUGCGCGUGCACAUGCAAUUUCCCACAGGUGGCCUCACUCGGGUAUUUAUCGAAAUGAGCUGCAAACUCGUCUUCGUGGUGACUGGAUUCUUCCUGGCCUAUUACCUCACCCUGCUCUAUUACAGACGGACACCCUACAGCUGUCUUGGAAGCAGAAAGAAGGAUAGGCCGGGGUCCAGGGAAUUCACAGUGCCCAAGUCCAGCGUGUAG